CUGAGAUUUUGCAGUAAGAAUUUUGUCGAUAAUUUGGUGCAAUUUCAUGCCAUGAAUUCGACUGUAAGACUCUACCGACGUAUUCUCAAGCUACACAGAAAACUUCCCCUUGCGUCUAAGGCUUUAGGAGACCAGUAUUUAAAGGACGAGUUCAGACGACACAAAAAUGCAACUCGUGAGCAACUCGCAGAGUUCAUUCAGGAAUGGAAGGUUGGCUGACAUGUUGUUCAUAAGCUGAAAUUUAGGCUUGCUUAUAUAUCUUUUUAAUAUCCUGAAGAGAUUUGCGUUAUAGUACAGCCAUUUUUAAUUAAUUAAACCCAAGAACGUUUUAAUUGACACUAUCACAGAAUGAUAGGCCGAUAAUUCUUGGGUGAGUAAACGUUGAUGUUAUGCAAUAGCUAACAGAAAUUGAACUUCCAAUCCAUUGUUCCUGGCCACUUUAUAUUUACAUCUUGUUGGAUAACGAAAGUCCUUGUUGUGUUACACCUUGUUUUUCAACCCUUUAAAACCCCAACAUCAACAAAGAAAUUCUUCAGACUGAUCUCAGCCGUACAUUUCCAUAAAAAAUUAGUUGGAAGAAUUCAAUAAAAGAUCAAAGUAUUUCGCUUUGGUGAUCAAUUUGUCAAUCCUCAUAACCUUUCCUCUAUAUUACACUGUACAUUAAAGGUAUUGCUAGUUUGUACAUGACAUCACAACAACCAUGUCGGUGGUCAAGAACAAAAGCCUUUCUCUCCUUUGGGAACUAAACUCUAUUUUCAUGUAAAUUAUUCGAGAAAAAAUUCUAUUGUGCUGACCCCUAACAUGGCCACCUUGUCACGCGGUUGCAAACCAAGAAUUGUUGGGAUAAAAUUGAAUUGGGACUUUAAGGGUUAACAUGUUUUGACAAGUGGCUGGGAGUUCUGAAUGUAUUACUGUAAUGUUUUACACCUGGUUUGAGUUCAAUCCAUGACAUAACCAUUAUUAUUGUGAAAAACCUUACAAUAAAUAAGAACCUAGCGAACCAUUUUGAGUCAGUGCUUAACACUUAGCAUUAUUGUCAGCUCUUGACCCUAAUCACAAUCAAAUCGGGGAUCAAAGUCAAACGGGGUAAAGGGGAGCAAAACUGGCUGUUUCCCAUAAGACCAUGCCUUGUUUACAUGUGACAAUACAUGUACUUUGUGGAAGUAUCACAUUUCAUCAAAUAAGAAGACUAUUUUGGAUGUAAAUACCGUCUAAUCUCUCCUUACGGACACCUCUAUAAUACGGACACCUCUCUAUUACGGACAGUUUGUUUGGUCCCAGAAAUGCGAAAAAUCACACAUUCCCUACCUCUAUAAUACAGACACUUCUGUAAAGUGGACACUUGGUUCUGUCCCUUUGGUGUCCUUAUUAAAGUGGUUUGCUGUAGCAUUGUGAUCACCAUCACUUACCAGUAAAUAAUUAUGAAAUAGCUUUCCAGUGAGUACUUUAGAUCACUUUUUUUUCUUUCUGCAUCCAGAUUUAUGCUGAUAUGUUGGAGGGACAACAAAAGGAAGGAAAUGACUUUGGAAGUCAUAUGUCGGAAGACCAGGUGUCAAAUAUACGCGAGGAACAGUUGCUUCAGCUGUAUGCUCUUCAUCAAGAAAUAAACAAUCCUUCUGAGGGGGUAGAUUCAGCUGAAAAAAGUUGA